GCCACCAUGUUGGUCCCACCGGAUAUGAUGGCCGCUCAGACGCGCAUGAUUUACCAAAUGAAUCGCUAUUGUGCUGAACGUGUCCAGGCGCGUAUGUUCAAAACCGCCACCGCAAUUCGAGAAAUUUGUAAAAUUGUCCAGGACAUUCUAAAGGAGGUGGAAUUACAGGAACCACGUUUUAUAUCCAGUUUGGUGGAAUGCAAUGGAAGAUUCGAAGGCGUCGAAGUUAUCUCACCCAAUGAAUUCGAAAUUGUCCUAUAUCUCAAUCAGAUGGGCGUUUUUAAUUUUGUCGAUGAUGGCACUUUGCCUGGUUGUGCAGUUCUCAAGCUAAGUGAUGGUCGUAAACGUUCAAUGUCGCUAUGGGUUGAAUUCAUCACCGCGUCGGGAUAUCUCUCAUCAAGAAAAAUUCGAGCCCGUUUUCAAACCCUUGUUGCCCAGGCAUGUGAUAAAAGUAUUUAUCGAGAUAUGGUUAAAAUGAUUGGUGACACGACAGAGGUUAAAUUGCGUAUACGUGAACGAUUUAUUGUUCAAAUUACGCCGGCAUUUAAAUGUUCUGGUAUAUGGCCACGAUCGGCAGCACAUUGGCCGCUGCCACAUAUACCAUGGCCACAUCCAAGUAUUGUGGCUGAAGUGAAGACGGAGGGAUUCGAUUUACUCUCUAAGGAAAGUGUCAUAUUUCAAAAUAAGAAUAAUAAUGCCGCCAGUAUGGAGGGUGAUGCAUGGGUGUUGAGCUUCUUCGAAGCGGAAAAUCGACUGCUGCAAGGUAAGGAAAAAU